CUCACGACUGCUGUGACUGCACCCUCGUCCUCAUUGCACUGCUCACCCAUUCACGAUUUUACGCAUCCUCGCCCAGCCGUCAUCCUGCCAAUCGAUUCCCAUUCACCUCGUUCGUGAGCGUCGCACUGGAUUCGUGCGAUCCACCAGCUCGGGGUUUCUGGACGCUUUUGAUGCGUGAAGGCGCACACGAUGGACACGCAGGCCGGAUUCUUCUACGAGCCUGGCGUGGUUGAAGCAGAUGCGGGACCAUCAACUUCUUCUCUCGCGCUCCAAUCAGCGUCUCAGCCUCCUCAGCGUCUCACAGCCACGCAGUCUGCGCGUUUGAGAAAUUGGCUCGAAGACUCACUUGGCGUCUUGCAUCGAGGUUGGCAAAGAAGGUUCGCCAAGAGCGGAGAGAAUAGGUUCGUCACGCUGGACCAGUAUCUCGAUCAAGCGCAAAGCAUCUUGAGCGUGCUGGCGCUCAUACCGCAACACUACGAAGGUGCGAGGAGGAGGGAGGAGGUCAAAGUCCCUUACUUGCUGAGAACUACCAGUGAGCUUGUCGAGGGAGUUGUUGGAUAUGACUUGCGGCCGUACAGGGAAGAGGAGGAGCAUACACCCACAUCGCUCAACUACAAGGACCCGGGAGACGCAGCGAACGCUCACGAUGGAGCAGGCCACUCAACGGCUCCACAAGUUGGCGGCACGCCGCUACCGAUGCAGUUUACCUACGUUCUCAGGACGUUCGCCCUGCUCGAUGCUCAAUGGGUCGCGCUUCUCGACGGCAAAGACCUAGACUACAAGUCGGCCCAGGCGCGCAGUACGCGCAACUAUCCGUAUUCUGGCGAUUUAUACGAGUUCAAGUCGUCCGAUGACACCCUUGAAAUGGGUGAGGAAUGGCACGCUUCUACACUCACGGGUCGACAUCCAAGAGCGAAUGCUACCGCAAGUCAUGGCGCAUCUCAGCGCGCGACAGGGAAUCUGGAAGGAAUCAGGGCACAGAGCGGAUCGGGCAGAGCGCUCUCACAGACGGACAGAGUGAGGCUGAGAAAUGUGGUCCUGGAUGCAAGGGCUAGAUUCAUGCGUUGGAUGAGGUUGGCUUUAGACGCAGAGAUGCUCGAUGUUGAGGAAGAGAACGCGCAAGAGGACGAAGUCGAGGAGAGCGAGCGGCGUGAUCAAACCGAAGUUGGACAUGCGAAAAGUGCAACUUCUGCUGCUGCUGAAGAGGUUCACGAAGCUGCCUGCGAUGAGCAGCCAAUGACUAACGCUGGCACGGAGGAUGAUGAGGAUGAGCUGGAUAUGGAAGAGGUUCUGCCUCAGUCGCGCACCGAGAGUAAAACCUUCUCAUUGGAUGAUGGCCCGCCGCCGAUCAUCGAUCGGUCUCAUGAACUCCGAGCGAUGGAUUCACUUCAAGAUACUUCUGUAGAAGGUAGACACUUCGCAGAUUUGUUUGCUCGAAAGCUUGAUCCUGAUGCGGAUGAGGAAGACUCGGAUAGCGAAAACGACGCCUCGCAUGCAAUUCGGUCGGAGACCAGCCAAGAAGAUCAAGGCAUUUCUUCGAGGCGCUCUCAUACAUCACCUGAAAAUACAUCUCAGACUGGUGGCGCUCCAAAGGUGGCAUCCGAGGCACCUCAGGAGCGAACAGGUGCGGAGCCGGCAGACACGGGCGUCUUGAUGUGGGAGAAAGCGUUCUCGCAUUUGAUGGCGGGAACGCUCAGAAGCUUGUCGGAAGGAAACGAAAGGCAGUUGGAGAGACUCGAAAGGGAGAGAAAUAGAGCUGCUGGAAGGCCAGAGGAUGAUUAAUGUAUUUGUACGAGCAAGUUGUGGUAGGGUCCGAAUACGGGUCUGAAUGAUUGUGUGUGUGCGGG